GGUGGUGAUUGGCUUGUCUCCUUCACGCCCACUGGUCUUUAAAUCAUUGUCUAGAUGCCCAAAGGUUCAUAUAAGUCAACUCCGUUUCAGGGUUCUGCAUUCCAAACAAUUCUGGAAAGGCUGCCCAGGACUGGGUGAAUGAUUAAGAACAGAGUGUGCUGAACAUCAACACAAAGGGGAAGAGUCUUAAGCUGAAGGUACAUUAUAUUGUUGACACCGAAGGAGCUCGUGUGUGGACAAGAAAGCGCUGACAGCGUCAAUGGAUCCUGUGGAACUGACAAAUGUCAACAUGGGACCCAAUGAGGAGAGCAGCAGUGGAGAAAGUGCUCAAGAUAGCUACACCGGGAUGGGGAAUUUAGAAAAGGCAGCCAUGAGCAGUCAAUUUGCUAAUGAAGAUGAUGAAAGUCAGAAAUUCCUGACAAAUGGAUUUUUGGGGAAAAAGAAGCUGGCAGAUUAUGAUGAUGAACAUCACCCUGGAACCACCUCAUUCGGAAUGUCUUCAUUCAACCUGAGUAAUGCCAUCAUGGGCAGUGGGAUCUUGGGCCUGUCUUACGCCAUGGCCAACACAGGGAUCAUACUUUUCAUAACCAUGCUGUUUGCUGUGGCAAUAUUAUCACUCUAUUCAGUUCACCUCUUAUUAAAGACUUCAAAAGAAGGAGGGUCUUUAAUUUAUGAAAAAUUAGGGGAAAAAGCAUUUGGAUGGCCUGGGAAAAUCGCAGCUUUUAUUUCCAUUACAAUGCAGAACAUUGGAGCAAUGUCAAGCUACCUCUUCAUCAUUAAAUACGAACUACCUGAAGUAAUCAAAGCAUUCAUGGGACUUGAAGAAAAUACUGGAGAAUGGUACCUCAACGGCAACUACCUCGUCAUACUUGUGUCCUUUGGAAUCAUUCUCCCACUUUCUCUUCUUAAAAACUUAGGUUACCUUGGUUAUACCAGUGGAUUUUCUCUCACCUGCAUGGUGUUUUUUGUCAGUGUGGUGAUUUACAAGAAAUUCCAAAUACCCUGCCCUCUGCCGGUUCUGGAUCACAAUGUUGGGAAUCUGUCCUUCAACAGUACACUUCCAAUGCACAUGGGAAUGUUCCCCAACAACUCUGAGAGCAGUGGUGUGAACUUCAUGAUGGAUUACACCCACCAGAGUCCUGCAGGGCUAGAUGAGAACCAGGCCAAGGGCUCUCUUCACGGCAGCAGAAUAGAGUACGAAGCACACAGUGAUGACAAGUGUCAACCCAAAUACUUUGUAUUCAACUCCCGGACGGCCUAUGCAAUUCCUAUCCUAGCAUUUGCUUUUGUAUGCCACCCUGAGGUCCUUCCCAUCUACAGUGAACUUAAAGAUCGAUCCCGGAGGAAGAUGCAAACAGUGUCAAAUAUUUCCAUCACGGGGAUGCUCAUCAUGUAUCUGCUAGCUGCCCUCUUUGGUUACCUAACCUUUUAUGGAGAAGUUGAAGAUGAAUUACUUCAUGCGUACAUCAAAGUGUAUACAUUUGACACCCCCCUCCUCUUGGUACGCCUGGCAGUCCUUGUGGCAGUAACACUAACUGUGCCCAUCGUCCUGUUCCCAAUUCGUACAUCAGUGACCACAUUGUUAUUUCCCAGAAGACCCUUCAGCUGGAUAAGACAUAUCGUGAUUGCAACCAUUCUUAUUGUGCUUAAUAAUGUUAUGGUCAUCCUUGUGCCAACUAUAAAAUACAUCUUUGGAUUUAUAGGGGCUUCUUCUGCCACUAUGCUGAUUUUCAUUCUCCCAGCAGCUUUUUAUCUUAAACUUGUCAAGAAAGAACCUCUUCGGUCACCCCAAAAGGUUGGGGCUUUAAUUUUCCUUGUGAUGGGCAUCAUCUUCAUGAGUGGAAGCAUGGCACUCAUUAUCAUUGACUGGAUUCACAACCCUCCAUAUGCCAAGCAUCACUAGCCCAAAGGAAAAAUACUUUCUUUUUCUACUGGAAGUGGUUGCAAACAUGCUCCAAAGGACAUGUGAGCUGUUUUACCCCAAUGAUUGGAAUAUUGUUCAUAGGAAAUGACAAGAAGAUUCCAAAGACGUUUACUAGUAACAUCACCAGACACCUGCAGAAGAGAAAAAUCAUCAUUUUGGUCAAGAAUGGCUGUUUAUGUGCUUAAAAAUCUGUGGUGUACAUUUCUACCAGGUUUUGCUAGAGGAGUAUAAGAUGAUAUAUUUUUGCUGCUGUACAAGCAGGAUAAGGGUAGCUGAGUGUAAUAGUCACCAGAUAGCCCUUUCCCCCUCCCCAAAGUACCCAAUACUUGUAUUCUCAGAACAUCAAACAAAAUGCCCUGGUGGCAAAACUAUCACCACUUAAUGCCUUCCCCUAAUCUUGCACCAUAUACUCCGGGUUUAUUUUAUAACAGCAACAAAAGGCAUGUCUUACGAUCUGUCCCUGUAAGGUACAUGAAGGAUCAGACACCAGGCAAGAAUAUCUUAUUGUCAACAUUAAAACAAUAGCUUGCUCAUCCUGUUUGUGAAAUUGAAUUAGUGACUUGUUCAUUUAGACUUUUUUGUAAACGUUAA